UUGCAAGAGUAUUUUCAACCCAGAAUUAUGAUGGCAAACAAGGAUGCUUGAGUUUUGUACGAAAAAGAAAAUGGCCUUUGCCAUUUUCCUACUCUUUAGUAUUUCUGUAAUAAUAUUGGUUGUUGAAAGUGCAUGGCCAACACAACACAGAAUAAAAGAAGUUAAGUUUCCAUCUAAUAUUGUAAAGCUGAACAAAUCAUGUCCUUCAAAGAAAGCAAAGGCUCUAAGCGAAUGUGAAAGAUGCAGUAAAGAUGAACUGAGGAAAUUACAACCAGAGUGCCAAGAGACAGGAUUUAAACAAAAGAUAUUGUGUGAUGAUAAAGAUACAUUUUUUCAGAAUUGUGAAAUUACACCUUAUAUGGAUGAAAGGAAUUUCUGGAUUUUCCAAGCUGUGUCAUUUACAAUAUUUGCUGUGACAUAUUCAUUGGUUCGAGUGAGACAAAAGAAACUAGAUGGACAGUUAAUGGACAAAAUUAAUAGACAAAUUGCAUCUGGUAUAUGAAAAUUAUACAUGUAUCUGUUCAAAGUAUAUAUCCUAUUUAUUAAAUCUAGUGUUUGAAGUUUUCCA